AUGGGGAAGGGAAGAGCACCUUGUUGUGACAAGACCAAAGUGAAGAGAGGUCCAUGGAGCCCUGAAGAAGACUUGAAACUCAUCUCUUUCAUUCAAAAGUUUGGUCAUGAGAACUGGAGAUCUCUUCCCAAACAAUCUGGUCUACUAAGAUGUGGAAAGAGUUGUCGUCUAAGGUGGAUCAACUACCUUCGACCAGAUGUGAAGCGAGGUAACUUCACUGCAGAGGAGGAAGAAACAAUCAUAAAGCUUCACCAGAACUAUGGAAACAAGUGGUCAAGAAUCGCUUCUCAACUUCCAGGAAGAACAGAUAAUGAGAUCAAGAAUGUGUGGCAUACUCGUCUAAAGAAAAUACUUGUUCAGAGCUCAGCAACCUCGCCUUGUUCAAGUAAUUCUGUUUCUUGUGGGAAAGAAGAUAAGUCUCAAGCAGAAGGUUGUUUGAACACAAAGACCUCUCAAGACUUUACUACUUCAGUGUCUUCUGGUGGUUCCUACAACUCAAACCAGGAAGAUGAUCCAAAGAUAGGCCUCUUGUUUAAGUAUAGCGCGUUUAAUGACAUUAUUCAAGAGGUAGACAAACCAGAUCUAGAGAUUCCUUUUGACUCAGAUCCUGACAUAUGGAGUUUCUUAGAUAGUUCAAACUCACUUCAACAAUCUGGUGCAAAUGAGUUCAGAGCAGAAGAAGAGUCUGAUGAAGAUGAAGUCAAGAAAUGGUUCAAGCACAUGGAAAGCGAACUAGAGUUAGAAGAAGCUGAUAAUGAACACCAUAAACCUGGAACACAAGAAUCAUCAUCAUCAUGCUCAUGAUACAUUAACAAAUCUAAAUUAUGAAUUUACUAUAUGGUUUAAGGCGUAUUCUUAAAUUAUUAUUCUGGAUAUCAAUACUUGAAGGAAAGUUCAGGUAAUAUAGAAAAUGUAUCCAAUAGUUGACUUCUUGGCAUUUUCAAGUAAGUA